AUGGCAACACUAAACUCUGUUGGAGCUUGUCGUUCUGGUUUUUCUCUGCUGCUCAGUUCACGACUGUAUAAGACUUUUGUUUGCCCAAAGUUAGAAUAUGUUUUGGCUAUUUCCACUCUGCUGAAGCAAGAUAUUAAAGUUCUGGAGUCUAUUCAAGAUAAGUGUCUUCGCAUGAUUGUUGGGGGGCAUGCCACGUCCUUUACAAUUGUGUUGAAGCACAUCUGCAAUCUACCAAGUAUGAAGUUUCGUGCAGAUGUUCUCAAAGCUAAAUUUUGUAUCAGAUCACGCUUUCUGCCUGCCCAGUUCCUUCUGUCUCUUUUACACCGCCAUCAUACCAUCUAUUCUUCACUUGUCUCCUUGGGAAAAAACAACCUUCUGUCACAUCUCCCUCCAACACUCAAACUUCGAAGCCCUAGUGCUGUAAAAAAUCAUUUUGAAAGCAUUAGAGAAGCUGGAUUUGCAACCUUUCUCCAGUCCAAUACACAAGUUCUCAUUCAAGCAUGCUGCCCAGUUCUUGGAGUUGAUCCAAUCUUGUUUUUGCCAGCCUCAUGUGUGGAACGUGGCUGUUUGAUUCGUUGGAGAAUGAGAUAG